AAUUAAAUUUUCACUUGAUACAAAAUUUAAAGUCAAGCAAAAUAUCUGGAACAUCUUGCUCUUUGCUCUUAGAAAAAUUCUCUUUGAAUACCUAAAAUGAGUUCAACAGACCUUGAGGUGCAGUCGCUGGUCAUUGACAAUGGAUCAGGAAUGGUGAAAGCCGGAUUUGCCGGAGACGAUGUUCCCAGAGCAGUUUUUCCCUCAAUUGUUGUAAUACCUAAAUACACCGCUGUCAUGCCUGGUAUAGUAGCGAAAGAUUCAUACGUUGGCGAUGAAGCACAAAAUCGACGAGGAAUUUUGGCACUGAGACAUCCCAUAAGUCAUGGAAUUGUGACCAAGUGGGACGACAUGGAGAAGAUCUGGCACCACACCUUCUACAACGAACUCCGAGUGGCCCCUGAGGAACACCCGGUACUGUUGACUGAGGCUCCUCUGAACCCCAAGGCCAACAGGGAAAAGAUGACUCAGAUCAUGUUCGAGACGUUUAACGCCCCAGCGAUGUAUGUUGGAGUCCAAGCGGUGCUAUCAUUGUACGCCUCCGGAAGAACCACUGGAUGCGUUCUGGACAUCGGAGACGGAGUUUCUCAUACGGUUCCGAUUUACGAAGGAUACUCGCUACCUCAUGCUAUUUGGAGAAUGGAUCUCGCAGGGCGGGAUUUGACCGAAUAUCUUGUCAAGAUUCUACACGAGAGAGGCCACAGUUUUGUUUCAAGUGGAGAAAAAGAAAUCGUUCGGGAAAUCAAGGAAAACUUGUGUUACGCAGCAUACGACUUUGAUCAGGAAGUGGCUCUUUCGGAAACAAAUAUUAAGCUGGAGAAAGAGUUUGAACUACCCGAUGGUUCUUUGAUUCGAAUCGGCAACGAGAGGUUUCGAUGUCCAGAAGCACUUUUUAAACCACAGCUGAUUGGAAGGGAACAUGGAGGAGGAGUUCACGACAUGACCUACAACGCAAUCCAGAAAUGCGACGUCGAUAUUAGACGUGAUUUGUUCAUGAACACUGUGCUUUCCGGUGGCACUGCGAUGUUUCCAGGUCUCGUCAACCGCAUGCAGAAGGAACUUAUGGGGUUAAACGGAGAUCGAACGAGAGUGAAGGUCAUUGCGCCAGAGGAGAGGAAGUACAGUGCCUGGAUCGGAGGCUCAGUUCUGGCUUCUCUGUCUUCGUUUCAGCAGAUGUGGGUCUCAAAGGAGGAAUACGACGAGUGUGGACCACAAAUUGUUCACAGAAAAUGUUUCUAA